AUGGCUGGUGGUGACGAUACCAUGGCUGGUGGUGACGAUGCCAAUGCUGAUGGUGACGAUUGCAUGGCUGGUGGUGACGAUACCAUGGCUGGUGAUAGUGAUGACACCAUGGCAGGUGACAAUGCAAUGGCUGGUGGUGACGAUGCCAUAGCUGGUGGUGACAAUGCCAUGGCUGGUGGUGACGAUGCCAUGGCUGGUGGUGACGAUGCCAUGGCUGGUGGUGACGAUGUCAUGGCUGGUGGUGAUGAUGCCAUGGCUAGUGGUGACAAUGCCAUGGCUAGUGGUGACAAUGCCAUGGCUGGUGUUGACGAUGCCAUGGCUGGUGUUGACGAUGCCAUGGCUCGUGUUGACGAUGCCAUGGCUGGUGGUGACGAUGUCAUGGCUGGUGGUGACGAUGCCAUGGCUGGUGGUGACGAUGCC